AUGGCGGAUCUCGCGGCCAACGGUGCCCUUGAGAGCAGUCUGAACCUCACGCCCGAGGAGAAGCGCGCUUUCCAGUACCUCUUCCAGCAGGCCGAUACAGAAAAGCUCGGCGUCAUAACCGGCGAGGUCGCCGUCAAGUUCUUCGAGCGCACGAAAUUGCAGCCGGCAGUAUUGGGCGAGAUAUGGCAGAUCGCAGACACAGAGAACCGCGGUCUGUUGACGUCGGCGGGCUUCUGCCAGGUGUUGCGCUUGAUCGGCCACUACCAGGCUGGCCGUGACCCCUCGCCAGAGCUUGCCUUUCAGCCCGCCCCUACGUUGCCCAAGUUCGAGGGCCUCUCCAUCCCAUCCGCUCCCGCUCCCGCAGCUCCCGUACCAGGCCCCUUCGCGCAACCACCUGCCAGCAACAUCACGCCGCAGGUUAGCGGAGGAGGCCCGAUCCGCGUGCCUCCGCUGUCGCCUGCCAAAGCGGCUGAGUAUGCGGGGCUGUUUGAGAAGUCGGGUGCUUCCAAUGGCCUUUUGUCCGGCGAGAAUGCGAAACAGAUCUUCGAGAAGGCCAGGCUACCGAAUGAGACGCUGGGGCGCAUAUGGAAUCUAGCGGAUACUGAACAGCGCGGCGCCCUAGGCGUGACAGAGUUCAUCAUUGCGAUGCACCUCCUCGCCUCGUUCCGCACGGGUGCCAUGAAGCAGGUUCCUACCACGUUGCCCGCUGGGCUGUACGAGGCUGCGGCACGCCGAGGGCCCGUUCCGCCCCCGUUGGGUCGUCAAGAUCCCAUUGCGCCUAUUCCCCGGCAGUUCAGCGGACAAGGACCGCAACGUACUCACAGCCCUCUGCGCAAUCAGUACAACACCCCGCCGCAGUCUGUGCAAGCGACGGGAAGCGACUGGGCCAUCAGUCCGCAAGAGAAGACGUCGUACGAUAACCUCUUUAACAAGGUCGAUACUACAGGCCGUGGCUUCAUAACUGGAGAGCAGGCGGUACAUUUCUUUAGUGAUUCUGGUCUUCCUGAAGAUGUACUUGCUGGUAUAUGGGAUCUUGCAGAUAUAAAUUCCGAGGGCCAGCUCUCCAAGGACGAGUUUGCGGUUGCUAUGUAUCUCAUCAGACAGCAGCGGAAACAAGACCGUACCCCGCUACCCACUACGUUACCUCCUCACCUAAUCCCUCCGAGCAUGCGGAAUCAGGUCAGACAAGCACCGCUCGCGGUGCCGGAACCACCAUCUGCAGCUCCGCAGCCUAAGUCCGCCGCAGACGACCUCUUUGGGCUCGAUGCAUUUUCUGCUCCUUCAGCACCUGCCCCUCUGCAGCUACAACAGACAACUGGUGGAUCAGCGCCUUUCUCAAAACCUUUCGACAACGAUCCGUUUGCAAGCAAGACCGCCUCUCCCACCUCACCCCAGCCAUUCCAGCCCUCACCGCGCAAUCCUGCUUCAACAUUCAAGCCCUUUCUACCCACCUCUUCGUUUGGUCAGACACUCACUAGCCAAUCUACUGGGGCCUCCGCGGGCUCCGGUCCGCCUAGGGGUCCACCCUCAGCCAUGGACGAUCUUCUAGGCGAGAGCGACCCCGAGAUUAACAAGAAGCUGACUCAGGACUCCACCGAAUUGGCCAACAUGUCGAACCAGAUGACCACCUUGAGGAAUCAAAUGCAAGAGGUGCAGAAUAAGAGUCGCGCUACAGAAAGCGACCUCAACAGCGUGAGCAAUCAAAAGCGCGAACUGGAGCUACGACUUUCCCAAUUCAAGGCUGCGUACGAGAAGGAGGUGAAGGAUGUGAAAGCCUUGGAAGACCGAUUGGCAUCCUCGAGAACCGAGACGCGGAAGCUCCAACAGGACCUCGCUAUACUUGAAGGCACCCUCAAAGACCUCCAGAACCAACACCAGCAAGUUGGGACGGCUCUAGAAACAGACCAGCGCGAGAACAAUAACCUAAAGGAGCGUAUCAGGCAAGCCAACGCUGAGAUCGGAAACUUGCGGCCCCAGCUUGAUAAAUUGAGAAACGAUGCUAGGCAACAGAAGGGUAUGGUAGCGAUCAAUAAGAAACAGCUUGCUACCAAUGAAGGCGAGCGCGACAAGAUCAAAAACGAGAUGAACGAUCUUAAUAAGGCUGCGGAGGAGUACCGUGGUGCCCCUACAGGACCGACUUCGAACGUAGCAAGUCCUGCAGCAUCCACCGCGAGCCACAACACUAACCCAUUCUUCCGCAAGUCACCUCAGCCAACCGAGAAUACCAUGUCACCCUCUGGUUUCGCCCAAGCUGGUCCCCACAAAGACUUCGACAACGUCUUCGGUUCGUUCGGCUCCCCCCAGACCUCAGCUCCUCCAACUUCCUUCCGAGCGGACAGCCAAACUCAAGUGCCGACGUUCUCAGCUCCUUCUGGUCAGUCUGUCCGCUCCUCUGAGGGACCAGAUGUGCCGACUCCGUCCACCUCCCCGCCGUUGUCGUCUUAUCAAGAAUCCCCUCGCGCCGGAGAGCUACCUGCACCCCCUGAAUCACGUCAAUUCGGAUCCUCAUUUCUCCCGCUGAGAAAUGAAGUGCCCCGCUCAGACUCUUUCAGCUCGUCAGUCAAGGUGUCGGCCCCUGCGAGCCGGUAUGGCGGACCUAGUGGAACAGGCAAUGAAACGCCUACGAUUUCAGCGGCCUCGCCUGCCGCAACGCCCGUACAAGACAAGCCUCCUACAGUAGAACGCACGCUUUCUUCUGAAACCCAGAAGACCGAGACUGACAACUUCAAUCCCUCGCUUUUUGACCGUAUCUCUACAGCUUCACCAGUGGCAAGCAUCACGAGCGAGACGAAGUCUACUACCAGGGGUGAGGAUCGGAAGGACACCUUCUCCGGCUUUGGUGGCCCUCUGCCUAGCAAAGAUCUUCCCGGAGCGUUCCCCAGGGACACCAGCUCUCCGCUUCAGCAAAUGCCUACUGGUGGUAGCAGCUUCAGCGAGCAGAGUAAGACCUAUGGUCGUAGUGACCCGUUCUCGCCCCCAGCUAACGACCAGCCACGUCCUGGUCAGAAGGUUGAUUUUGAUGCUGCAUUCGCUGGAUUCGGUACGAGCCGCCAGAACACUGAGCCUACUGGAACGAAUGGAGAAUCGAACGGAGCAGCAAGAAAGUUCAAUAAGGAGUUCCCUCCCAUCGAGGAUAUAGGCCGCGACGAUGACAGCGACAGCGCAAGCGAACAAGGCUUUGCUGACAACUUCACAUCAGCCUCCCCUCAACAGCAUCGUUCAAGUGUUGGACAAAACCAGGCUCCGCAGCCCAACACUGCUCCGGCCGGUGGUGACGUUUCUCACGACGACCUCUAUGCGGCUCCGCCACCAACGACUCGCCUUGAUUCGAGCGUAGGUGGACUGCCUUCCCCAACUGCGCAGAAGUCACCUCCUAGCUAUGAAUCUACCGUGAGCCCGCACCGAAGCGGUUCAAACCAGUUCCCGCCAGAGUUUGGAGGCCUUCUUCCUGCUAGAACUGAUCCCACCUCACCAACCACGUCUCAAUCUCCCGAGAAAUCGUUUGCAACACCCGCGGGAGGGCAUGGUGCUGCUCUCUUUGGCGGCUCUUCGGCUGCAAAGUCUACCACAACAUCGCCACCUCCUGCGGAUACCCCAUCAUCGACGGUGCCUUCAGACGCUUAUCACUCAGCUGUCUCUCAGCCACCCAGUAGUGACAUGACAGCUCAGGCCCAGCCCAAAUCCGCUUUCAACGAUGACUUUGACGCUGGGUUUGACGACCUGACCGAUGCCAAAGAGGCAGAUGAUAAAACAGACGAUGACCUAUUCGCCUCACAACACCGCGAAGGAUUCGAUGAGUUCAACCCUGUCUUUGACUCACCAGCUGCAUCCAAGGCCAAUACUAUGCAAUCGCAGCAGACGCCCACAGGCAAAGCUCACAGCGGCGAAGACAGCUUCAGCGACUUUGAGCAUCUUUCCAGGAGCUUUGGGCAACCGGCAGCACCCCAGCCAGCCUCUUCGUCUCAGGACUGGGACGCGAUUUUCUCCAACAUGGAGUCAUCCCAGGAUAAGGGUUCGUUGCAAGCGCCGAGCGAUUUUAGCAAGUCGGUGUUCGACUCCCUUGAUCGCGACGAAAGCGCUGGUUCCUCGAAGUCCCCCACGAUGCCUCAACUGGGCCGCGCCAUCAGCACUGGCACGGAACAUGACGACCCCAUUCUGAAGAAGUUGACGGGGAUGGGAUACUCCCGUGAUGCUGCUUUAGGCGCUCUGGAGAAGUUUGACUACGACAUAAACAAGGCUGCUGAUUACUUGACAGCCUCGCACUAG